CACUAUGCAAAACAUGAACACGGGCAGCACACAGUGAAUAGAGCAAGCAAGCAUGAGCGCACAGUCGGGAGGAAUAAUGGUUCCGAGCCCUGCUUCCAGCGAGGCGGCGCCGGCAUCGCACGGCGGCGUAGCAAAGCACUCUGCUCCUGCAGCAGCACCAACUACUGGUGCUCCUGUCCUUAACACCACCACUAGGCAGCAGACCGCGAGCUCGGCGGCCCCCGCGGAGCACCAGCGGCACGCUCGCGGUCACCAACACCACCAACACCAACACCGCAGCCGCCACCACCGUAAUUGGCUUGCGCGGCUUCGCGGCUCGUUCCAAGCCUGCCUCACGCCGCCCCCAUUUGCCAGAGAGGCCGCCGAGGGUCGUGGUGAAGGCUUUGUUGCCGCUGCUGGCGUGACGCGCUCCGCCGAGGCGCAACACCAGAAGCAGCACCCACGCCAGCACCUCUCGCGCCGCGCCGAUGCGGCAGCUGCCCUGGCGCCGGAGCCCGCAGGACCGCACUUGCCAAUGGCGGCAGAAGCGCCAUCUGGGUCAGCCGGCGGGGGCGGCAACGGCGGCGGCGGCAGUAGCGACGGCGCCGCCGCGCCGCAGCCGCAGCCGCCACCACCGCCUGCUGCCCGACCCGCCGGUGGCGGCUCAAUGCCUGCAGCCUCACCAUUCGCCGCCGCCGCGACGCGCACCGCAGCAGGUGCUACAGCCAUUGAUACAGCCGCUACAGCCGCCGCCGGCGUGCCGCCGCGGCCGCCGACGCCCAUACCGGACGACGACACGGGACUGCUGCUGCCGAGGCGCUACAGCAGCCAAUCAGCCGCCAGCGGCGGCGCCGGGUUUGGCGGCGGCCCCGUGUUCGUACCGCUGCGUAAGGCUGGCAGCUCCGGCCGCGUGUCCGCUGACGGUUAUGGCAGCCGCCGCAACAGCGGGCUGCGUGGCGGCGGGGCUGACGGCGGCGGCGGCGGUGGCGGCGGCACUGGCGGCGCCGCCAGUCCUGCUGCCGGCGGUGGGCGCAGUGUACGGCCGCGGCUGGGCGAUAUACGUGAUGACGCCGUACCCGAGAUCUUCAGCUUUGAGGAGGAUGAGGAGCGCGGCAGUAGUGGUGGCAUUAGCAGCAGUGACCGUGGAAGUGGCGGCGGCGGGGGUGGCCUGCUAGCAUCGGGCGGCGGCAGCGGCGGCGGCGGCAACUUCAUUCCUGACCCACGAGCCGAGCCGGCGCCGCCGCUACUGCCGCCGUCGGGGCUACAGCGCUCGCAUCAACAUAAGCAUCCAGAUCAGCACCAGCAGCAUCACCAAGAGCAACAGCACCACCGCCGCCAGCAGUUGCCAAACCAGCACACGCACUACCAGGCGCCGGCGACGACGGCACCGCCGCCGUUUGAGCUGCUGCAGCCGAGUCUGCCGCCGAUGUCGCCUGACCGACCCACAUCGCAACAGCGGGCGGCGGCGGCGGCCAGUGCCGCAGGUGCCACUGCGGCCGCUCCCCACGCCGCAGGCGGCCAACCACCACAACAGCCGCAAUACCAGCAUUCCCUGUCGUCGCAACCCCAGCCGAGGCUACAGCCGCAGCAACCCUACCCCCUGCCGCUGUCGCAGCCCCACCAAAAGCUACAGCCUCCACAGCAGCAGCCCCCACAGCAGCUACAGCCGCUGGGAUCGCAGGAGCUGUCGGCGGCACUGGCGACGGCGCUCAACCUGCCGCCGCCUCCGCGCUUCGCACACGCCGGCGCCGCCGCCUCGUCGGCCGGCGCCGCCGGCGCCCUGCCCCAUUGCGACCCGGCAACCUUCUUCUACGAAAGCCCAGCCCCCAGCCCCACACGCCGCCGCUCGCCCUCGCCGGCCCCCGCCGACGCUAGCGGCGCAGCCGCAAUUGGCGCCGACUCUAGCGGCGCCGCCGCACCCACCCCGCUCAGCAGCAGCCCUCGAACCGCUGGCGGCGGUGGCGGUACGGGCGGCUCUGCCGUACUUACGAGCGCCAGCGCCGCCACCUCGCAUCCCGGCGACCUAGCCGAGCAGAUGCAACGCAGCUUCCUGCCGCACGGCGGCGGUGUUCACGGCGACGGCGGUUAUGGUUGCUACAGCGGCGGUUAUGGUGGUUACGGCGGCGCCGGCGUGGGGGCGCGGGGAAAUGCCGUGGACGUGCAUUCGCAGCGUCUGUAUCCGGCGGGGGCAGCGGCGGCUGGCGGCUCCCACGAGUGGGGUGGGGCGCCAUUGGCGGGUGUAGCGGCGGGGGUGGGAGCAGUAGGAGCGGAGGGUGAUGGCGGCGGCCGCCUGAGCCGCGGCGGCAGCAGUAGCGACUUCAGCGGCGCGGGGUUCGAAGAUGAGGACGGGGAGCAAGGGAAGGAAGAUGUACAGCGGGGAAUUGUGGGUGGCGGUGGCACCAGGCAAGCAGCCGCCCCUGCUCCCGCGGAGGCGGAGAAUACGAUGCAGUCGGAGGCGGCGGAGACGGGGAAGGAGGAGGAGGUGCGAGGUAGUGGGCGGCGGCGGCGCCCUGAUGAGGGCCUUACCGGCAGCGAUGGCGGCGGCGGCGGCGGCGGCAGCACCACCACCAGCUCUGCCAGCAGCACCACCAGUAGCCCUGAAAGCGAGGGGGAGGCAGAGCAAGAGCGCGAGCAGGAUGCAGCCGAGGGUGACGCAGCCGGCGGCGACAGCGGCGGCGGCGACAGUGGCGGCGGCGGCGGCUGGCUUGGCUUUAUCCGGCGCCGCCGCCGCUCCCGCCAUCACCGCCGUCAUCGUCACGUCGACCGGGAUGCGGAAGCGGCAGCAGCCGCAGCCACCGAGGCGGACGCGGCGGCGCAGCCGCCGCCAGGCCCCGAAGGCGAAGUAGCGGCGGCGGCGCAGCCGCCAUCAUCUUCUCGUGCCCGGCUGGCGGCGGCGGCGGCACGGCUGAUGGGACCGGCGCUGACAGCGCGGGCGGCGGCGGCGCUGGGGCCGCGCACACUGGCGGCGGUGUUGGAGCACGUGCUGGGGCCGGAGCGCACCGCGCAGACGGUGAACCACAUAGGUCCGGACGCGGCCGCCGCCAUCGUGCGGCACAUGGGUGGCGGCGUCGCCAGCAGUACGGCAGCCGCCAUGGGGAUGAGCCGUACGGCGGCGCUGGUGUCUGGUCUGGGCAGCAGUUCGGCGGGUCAGCUGGUGGCAGCGAUGGGUCCGGAGCUGGCGGCGGCGGUGGUUGGAGAUAUGGGCGCCGCCGCCGCCGCCGAGCUGGUUUCAAUGCUGGGGCCGGUACUGGCGGCGGAGCUCGCGGCGGAGCUUGGGCCCGGCUUCACCGCGCAGCUCGUAACGCAGAUGCUGCAGCUUCCCAACACUGAUAAUGGCAUUACAGAGGAGGAGAAAACGAAGGAGAAUGAGCAACAGCACCAACAGGAGAAGCAGCAACAGCAGGAUAAUGAGCAAGAAGCGACGGAGCGCACGGAGGAGAGGCAGGGUGGCGGCGGCCCCAGUGGCCCGGAGGCCGCCGGCAGUGGCGGCGGCGCCGCCGUCACAACCGCUGCCGGCACGGGCUCGCUGACGUCAGUGGCGUCUGGUCUGGUCGGCGGCAUGGGUCCGCAGCUGACGGCGGCGGUGGCGGCGGCGAUGGGCCCGGCGCUCACAGCUGACAUUGUGCGGGGCGUGGGUCCGCAGGCCACGGCGGACCUGGUCCGGCAGUUGGGUCCGGAACGUGUGGCGGCCCUGGUGGCGGCGAUGGAGCGGCAGCUGCGCACGCCGCCGCCGCCACACCCGCCUGACGCGGCAGCUGCUGCGGAGCCGGCGGCGGCGGAUUCGGGCGAGAACAUUAACGGACCUGACAGCGGCGGCGGCAGUGGAGGCGGAAGUGCGCCGCCGGGAACCCACGGGUCCAUGGCGGCAACUGUGGCAGUAGUGGGGGGUGGCGCUAGUCCUGAUGCAGGUGGCGGUGGCGGCAAGGCGCCGCCACUUGCACAUGACGCACCGGCUGUAGCUGGAGCAGUAGCUGAUGGAGCCGGAGGCGCCGGAGGCGGCGGCGCCGGUGGCAGUAGCAGUAGCAUCAACGGAGACGGAAGCGGCGGCGGCGGCCUGACGGCGGCGCUGGUGGCAACAAUGGGCGCUGGUCUGGUCGGGUCUCUGGUGUGCUGUAUGGGUCCGGAGCUGACGUCUGGUCUGGUGGCGGCGAUGGGUCCGGCGCUGACGGGUCAGCUGGUCCGGGAGUUUGGGCCGGACCUGACAGCAGGCAUUGUGGCCGCGAUGGGCCUGCCGGCAACCGCGGAGCUGGUCGUGGGCCGCAGCAGCAGUAGCAGCGACGGAGCGGCGGCGGCGGCGGCAGCAGCAGCAGCAGCAGCCGGCACGGAGGCUGCUGGGGGCGCCGCUGGCGGCGGUAGCAGUAGCAGCAGUAGCAGCAGUGGCAGCAGUGGCAGCAGUAACAGCAGUAGCAGCAGUAGCAGCAGUAGCAGCAGUAGCAGUGGGGGCAGUGGGGGCAGGUGCUGCUGCAUGGGCCCAGAGCUCACGGCACAGCUGGUGGCGGCGUUCGGGCCGCGCCUGACUGCUGACAUCGUGGCGGCCCUGGGUGUGCCCGCCGUCUGCCUCCUGGUGACGCGGGAGUUUGGGGUGGCGGCCACGUGUGCCCUGGUGGGGGCCAUGGGCGGUGGCGAGGUGGGGCGGCUAGUGGCGGCGAUGAUGGCACGGCGCGCGCCUGUGCCGCCGGCGGUCGCGACGGAGCCGCCGCCGCCGCCGCCGCCGCCAGCCGCGGCACCCGCAGCCGCAGCGCCUGCCCCCGCCCAGGCGGAGGAUGCUGCCGUUGCCACCGCCGCGGCCGGCGCCGUGACCUCUUUGGCACCGGCAACGCCAGCAGUGCCAGCACCAACUUCGUCGCCUUGCGAGCCGAUGGAAAACAGCACAUCCAUGGCGGAUACUGCUGCUGUUCCGCUGCCGGCGGCGCUGGUCCGGUGCAUGGGUCCCGAGAUCACGGGUGCUCUGGUGCGCGGCUUCGGAGGCGACGUGGCGGCGGAGGUGGUACGACAGUUGGGCCCGAGCCGUACGGCGGCGCUGGUGGCGGCGAUGGGGCCGGAGGCGGCGGCGGGGAUCGUGGCGGCGGCGGGGCCUGGCGGCGCCAUUGCGGACGUGGUGCGGCGCCUGGGCCCGGCGGCGACGGCGGAGCUGACGGCGGUGAUGGGUCCGGGCCUAGCAGCGGAGGUUGUGGCGGUGCUGGGGGCGUGCGGCGUGGCGGAGUUGGUGAAAGGCAUGGGCCCUGGCCUGACGGUGGCGGUGGCGGCGGCUCUGGGUCCCGGUCUUAACGCGGCGCUGGGGCUGCGGCUGGGAGGGAAGGUUGUUGCGGCGGUGGCGCCGCCGGCGCUGGUGGCGGCGGCGGGCGCGGUGGUGGCGCUGGCGGCGGCGCCAGUUGCGCUGGCGGGGAUUGCGCUGGCGGCGCCACUGGCGCUGGUGGGGGCGGCGGCAGGGCUGCGGGGGGAGGGCCCGCUGCCGCUCCACGCGCAGCCGCAGCAGCCACCCCUGGAGCAGCAAGAGAAGUAGAACAUGUGCUGUACUUGUUGGUUCAAAUCGCACUACGUUAUCAUGAAUGGGUAGACGGCUGCGUGGUACAGUUGGUGAGAACUGCUGCUGCAGCGGUUUGCGCCGUGCCGGCACUCGGUCGCCGCAUCCAGAUGGCCGUGCUACUGAGACUUGAGGGGAGUUGGGGCAAUCAGAAGCCGUCAGGAGCCGUCGGUCGUGGGGUGUACAAUAACGAACAGCUUGUUGGCAAGAGUGACUUGGGUGAGGAGUAGGGAGUAAGGGAAUAGGAAGUCGGGAGUAGGGACGGUUUGUGGAAGCUUUAUGGAUGAGGCGCCUGCACGGGCCGGAAUGGCACUGAAGAGAUGGUCCCUUCGUGUCCCUUCUUGUGAUGUCGCUGUUCUGCAUUCACGAGGUGGUCGCUUCACGCGUGUAUGCAGGUCAUGCAAGCCUGCACGCGGCAUGCCGUGGUGUAGGAGCCAGUAGCGCAGAGUAAGGGAGGCACAGCGAGGCAGCACAAACAAGGCAUGCCUCGGUCCUCCGAACCGUA